UUCGUGUCCCCUCCAGCUGCCUGGGCAAUGACAGCUCCUCCAGCCCCAGCAGCGGGGCACCGCCGGGGCAUUUCUUGCGGCAGCCUUGCUUGCCAUCGCCACCCUCGGGUCCUGGCUGGCAGCCCACGUGUGGGUUGGUACACACGUGGGGUUGCCAGAUUUGGCCUCAGCGAGCCAAACGCUAGAGCUUUCGUCAUCGGAUGGCUCCGGCCAGGCCCUCCGCGAUGCAACCGCCCCGCGCCGCGGUCCCCCGGCCACCCCUCGGCUGCCCUCCCACCGGGACGGGGCGGGCAGCGGGGGCUGAAGGCCGCGGGGAGCCGCUCGCCCCCGCAGUGCCCGCACACGACCCGCCGCCCGGGCGCCGUCCCCCGCCACCUGCCCGGCGGUCGGCUCCGACCGGGCGCCGCAGCCCCGCGGGGUCCCCGCCCGCCCCAACUCCCCCCCCGCCGCGGCCCGGCUUCCCCGGGCGCCUCGACAAUGUCACGUCGCUUCCCACCGCGGCGGCCGCCUCGGGAGAGCCCCCGCGCUCCCGGCCCGUUACUUCGGGGGGCUCCGCUCGCCCGGCCCGGCCCCCUCCGCCCCCGCCCCGCUUAUUGUUGCGGCGGGCGCGAAGGAGCCGCGCUUCCCCCGGCGGACUUACCGGGGCCGGGGCCAUAUGCUGCUGCCUACAAAUGA